CACUAGCUCCAUCCAAAUGGCAGCCAACUAGAGCACUGUGUCUGCCUAGCAAGCAGUGAGAGAAGGAGGGAGAGAGAGGGAGAAGAAGAAGGAAAGGACAAGGGGGGGGGCAGCUAAGCAUCAUUCUCAUUCUCGAACCAGGUUCAGCCUCCACUAAACAGGAUCUCACACGUAAACCUUUAAAAUUCCGGGGACUUUUUCUUUGCGUGUGUUCUAUUGUUCCUCGAUUCAGUUUUAGAUAUAUUUUUAGUGUAUUCAGACAGAUGUUUUUUUUCUUGCAGUUCAAAGUUUUGAAUGAAAUGCGCCUAGCAGGAGCAAUAACCAAGUUUGGUGAGUGAGAAUUGCUAGUUUCAAAGCUGGAUUCCUUACUGUAAAAUCCAGCUCCCAGAGUCCAAUGUCGCUGUUUUUAAGAAGGCUUUGACAGCGGUUUAUUCGUAUAGCGUCCUCGUAGCAGGCAGCAGAGAGCUCUAGCCCCACACAGAUUCGAGGGGGAUGAAGAGAAAGAGGUUCGAGCACACAGAACGCAGGCCACAGUGGAAGAGCCAUGUGCAUCGGCACUGAAGUGGAGACACACAAGAGAAGGUGAAUGUGCUGCUUCAAUGAGACCUGUAUACCAGUUCAGACAGCAGGCUCUCUGUCAUCAUUGCUCUCUUGGGAUUUUGGAUGCUAAAGAGCUGGUCACCUGACCACUUCACCUUAGCGCAAAGAGUCACAGUGUCAUCUGGCCGCUGCAGACACAGGGACACACGCACCUGCGGACAGAUGGGAGGAAGCCCUGCCCAGGACCGAUGAGGAGCGAUGGAGGGAUGCGCCCAAAUCCACCAGCCUUCUCAGCACGUCAUGUGAACCCUGCGAGCACCACAGCAGUUUUGUACGUUUGGGACAGAGGCAGGAAGAGAACUGAGGCUGAGAUAACCCACGCAGUACGCGAAAAGCAGAAUCCAGAAUCCACAGGACUGUUCCAGAAGCUUCUUCUCUGAUCACAGGGCACUGCAUGUUUUAGACUGAUUUAUAAUGCGCAGACAGAUGCACUCAUAUUGGUGACCCUCACCCAUAGACAGACAGUGCAGCGUGUGUCAAAGGUAACGCGAAAGUAACCACAUACUCGCAGGGCACCACGCUCACGUUUGCUCUCAUGAAGCGAGCAAGGCACAAGGACGAGCAAUAAUGAAGACACGCCAUACCGAGCUCACACAUGGCCUCGACCUGGACAGCGGGGCCGCAGAGCACUCCUGAUCUUUGAACCUUCAGAAAUAAUACGAACAAGCGAGGAGGCACAGCUGAGGAUACAGGCCGAGCAGCAGCCCCCAGGAGACAGAGAGAGAGAAAGAGAGAAGUGGGGGGGGGUUCACAGAGGAAGAUGAUGGAAAAGCUGGAGCCCCCCAUUUCCCCUCCCCCCUCCACGCCGGCGGUUAGUGACAGACAGAGCCCUGUGCAGACUGCGUCUCCCAGCGUUAGCAGCCCCUCGCCUAACGAGGCAGGGACGCGGGGAGACACGGCUCAGAGCAGCCCCUCCACAGAGCCCUCGUCCACGCACAACCACCACCCUGCAGCUGAGCCCAUUGCCGUGGAGACAGCCAACCAGAGGGGAGCGAGCGGCUCCCCUUCCUCCACAUCGCCCUCUCUUCCCCUCGCCUCCGACCGCGCCCCAAACACCCCUCCGCUCGCUCCGUCCUCCUCCGCCCCUCUUCCGCCCAACAUCCCGGUCAUCAGUCUGGGGCACAGCAAGCCCCCUAUCCCCCUGCCCACGCCUCAACUCACUGCCCUGCACCCCAUCCCCACUCUGCCGCAUGGCCCCUCCGAUGUCCGACUGGCACAGCUGACCUCCCUCUCUGCUGCCAGCUCAGGGGCCGCUGUGCCCUCACCUGGCUCUCUCUUGCCCCCACCCUACCUGCCUGGACAUCCCUUCCUCAACAGUUCUUACCUGGGCCCAUCAGGAAACUAUGGCAUCUUCACCAACAACCGUACCAAAAGAAGGCCAUCCUUGCAUUUUGAGAUGGACCUUUCUGAAGUCCCAGGUCCUCCUCAAAAGCUGGCACGGCGGGUUUUCACCAACAGCAGGGAGCGCUGGCGCCAGCAGAACGUGAACGGGGCGUUCUCGGAGCUCCGCAAGCUCAUCCCCACGCACCCGCCCGACAAGAAGCUCAGCAAGAAUGAGAUCCUGCGGCUGGCCAUGAAGUACAUCAACUUCCUGGUGCAGCUGCUGAACGACCAGGCCGGCGACCGGGGCAGGGACACCGAGGCGGGGCCCGGGGGAGAGGAGGAGGAUGCCGGGGAGGGCCUGAAGAGGGUCGGCUCUCAGGACCCGCACGCCCAGCUGCUGCACGGCACCCCUCCUGUGGGUCCUCCGCGCCCCGCCCGACCAGCCAUGGUCAAGGCCUUCCACAACAGAGACUCUUCCGAUUCGGUGAUCGCCCUGGGGACCUCCCCAGCCUCCAGCAGCUACGGAGACACAGACAGCGAGGAGAGCCUGGGCCCCAGGGGUGCGGUCAUGAGCAGCGGCGGGGGCGGUAAGGGGCUGGAAAAGGUGAAGGAGCAGAUUCGGACAGUGGCUGCUGCCGGCGACCAGCGGUGACACUGCAUCCACAGUGACACACUAAACUGCAGUAAGAGCAACACACUGGAGAAUCACUGGGAUCAAAAUUCCAAACUGACAGUAUGCAAAAACCACUUCUUUCUUUUCUUUUCGACAAUAACUAUGAUGGAGUAUGGUUGUAAAUACAGUGUGUGUGUGUAUGUAUGUAUGUGUACAUCUUCAUUGGUGAUAGAAUUAUUUUUUUCAAGACUGCAAGUUCACUUAGAGGCAAUGAGUUUACGAUACGUUCUCUUGAGUCCUAGCUGACCAACGCUUGGUCAGAUCUACUUUUGGUUUAGAUUUUUUUAUUCAGAUUUUUUUGUGGUACAGGGCUUCAAGUAAUUAAUCCAUACUGUGCACAAAUAGAAAUGAGAACACAAGCAAACAUAUAGGUUGCCUGCUUGUUGUGUGAAGAUGAGCUGCAUACUGAAGUACAGAUCAGAGCCACAUUUUCCUUUUGUUCUGUAUUCCAUUCAAUCACCGGUGGGGAAAACGAGGUAUAAAGCCCUACACAACAAGGACAGACAAAUAAACAUCCCACACUCUUGUUGCAGAUAAAAGCAUCUUUUUCUCCCAUUGUU